AUGACGACAUUCCCCGUUCGAAUUACCAACGAAACGUCUGGAAGGUGGUUCCAAUUGAUGGUUGAUGCUUCCGACGAAAUGACUAUAUUUGAUGCCAUCUACGAUCGUCAUGAGCUCAAGACAAAUCAUGUGCGGAAAUGGAAUUCAGACUUGAUGAGGGGAAUCAAAACAGGCGCUGUGGAAAUAUUUAUCGAGGUUGUCGACGAGCAAUCGUUAAUGGCAGUCGAAUCCUUCUCCAUUGACCAAAUGAAGACGACCAACACGAGGGAAUUACUCAAAUUCUCUAAUGGUGUUUCCAGAACGAGCAACGUGGUCAACCUCCUUCUUCGCUGUCAACAGACACCAGGGGACCAAGCAAUGGAAACCACAACAAACACCACAAAUACAGCUACCAAAACAGAUCCACAUCCACUGCACCGCACGUUGCGACCGAAAGAAUUUGACGUAUCGCUGUCUCCCAUGUCGACUGGUGGUGCGAAUCAUUUGCGAAUUCGAAUGACCGCCGAUGAUUUGAAAAAGGGCAUUCUCAAACCCACGACCUCUGACGAAUCAAUAGAAACUUCGCAACCUUCCGUUGAGUCGUCUGGCAAGAUUAGUGGUACGGUCCGUGUCAGAAUAGAAAACGAGAGAUCGGGCAGGUCCAAGUAUCUACUGGUCACGGUGAACCAAAAACUGAAUCUUUUCGAUGCCAUUUACAACCACAAAGAUGUCAAGAAAGCUAAUGUUCGAAAAUGGGGAGCGGAAAUUGCCAAAGCUGUCAAGUCCAAGACUUCCGAAAUCAGAUGCCUACUUUGGGAUGAAUCCAUCCAAGAACCAUACCAUUCCUUUUCGAUAGACGACUUGAAAACCACAAGUACAAAGCAACUGCUUGAGAUUGCAGCAGAACCAGCGGGUGUCAUCAAACUUGUUUUGCGCUGCUACGAUAUAAACGUUGCUGCUGGCAAUAAUUCUUCAAGCCAAGCAGGACCAUCGCUACUGGAAGAAGCUCCUGACGAUCAACUACUUUCUUCCAUUCGGCGGUCACAAUCUACGUCAACAGUUGGGUCAAUAGCAGAGGAGGUAGCAUCGGUGAAGUCCAAGAGUCUUGCAGAGCUAGAUCUGUUGACACAAGAGAAACGGGAGACGAGGUCUGCCUAUUCUGCGAGUCUGGAUGAUUCUAACCAUAGACACUACGCUGCGAGUCUAGAUGAUUCACAACAAAGAAACAAGGAGACUAUGAGAGUCCGAGUCGUGAACCAGAUAUCCAAACGACACAAAGAUUUGAUUGUAGAUGUUAGAGAAGAUUUGACCGUCGAUAAUGCAAUAUACAACAAUCAAGGUGUGAAGCGCGCCAAUGUUCGAAAGUGGACUUCGGAAGUAGUGCGCGACGUCAAGAAAGGAAUCCUGGAGGUGCAAAUGCAUGUUUGGGAUUCUGCGUUGGAUUCGGCUCGUAAGGUAUACACGACAAACGAGCUGUCCUCGCUUAGCACGAGAGACCUUCUACAGUCUUCUCUCGACACGGAUGAUCUAAUUGAGCUUCGAUUGGUAUGCGUCCGAAAGGCGGCGGUGAAUGGCAAGGGGGGGUUGGGGCUACUACCUACGGAUCGACAAACCUCCAUGUCGACUCUUGGAACUGAUUCCGACGUGAACAGUUCACAAGUACCUCCUUCUCCGACUCUGAACAUGCCAGCACGUCAUAUGAGCCUUGCUCACAUGAGUACUGGUAAUCUCUCGUUGUUGAAAAAUGGGUUGGAGCGAUCAGUUUUAUCUGCAAAGGACCUUAGAAACAAUGGGUCAUCGUCUGCAAAAGACUUGACGAAUAAUCAACUAUUGUCCCACAACAGACCCAGACAGAAAUCGAACAGUGCAGUGAAUCUCCAGAAUUCAUCGGGCCAACAGGAUAUCCAUAAUUUGUCUGGUCAAAAGAAUGCGCCAUGGUCUCUUCCCCAGAAAACAAAAAAACGAACGCAAUUAUUCUCUGCUCAGCUCAACGAUAGUCUCUUGAUGAUGGGGAAAAGUUUACACAAAUCAUUAUCCGACCUUGAGGACGACUUUUUAAAUAGGGAAUGGGCGGGAAUGGGUUCGUCUGGAAGCUUACCGAGCCCUGAAGUCGCAAAGAAAAAGCAUAGAUUCUUGCAUCUUUCGAACUUGCCCGGUAAAGGUGAAGCUAAAGUGCUAGAAAAAAAGAAAUCUUGGCGCCGGAAAACUCAAGAGAGGGGCGGGGACUCUCUACUUCGUCAGCUCGUUGACCUUGAAGCUACAAAAAAGGUUCCGCCGAAAUUGUCCGAUUCCGUCCAUGCCUCGGCAUUCAACCGUGCAGACCAAGCAAAGAAGUUCUGGAAGCUGUGUCAAUCCAAAAUGAUCGUUGAAAUGACGGAAGAAGAGGAGAACGAAGUAACCUUUUCCCAAGAGCUGAAAGAAGAUCCAGCCGACUCCCCAAGAAAUUCGCUUCCUCGUUUUCCUACAAACGACAGGAAGCCUCCUCACGUUCCAAGUGGGAAAGUGGACAAGUCAAGAGACUCAAGCGAGAAACGUGUGACUUCGGAAACAUACAGGCUGCAACGCUUCUUAUCCAGGCCGAAUGAAGACUUCGCUCCACCGGAGACGUCGAAGGCACCAAAGCAGACACAAUUUGAUGCUCCUCCUCUUAUGGAAAUUUCAGUGGUGACGAAUGGGCACACAAAUCAACCUAUUCCACCUGCUCCAGCUACCGGUCCACCAGGAAUCUCCCUUUCUCCUGAUGUUGUCAAGGAAGUCUUCCCCUAUCAUGUUGUCCUUGAUUCCGACUUUCGUAUUCUUCAGGUUGGGAACAGUCUGCCUCAUCUAUUUCGAAGUUUAGACGAGACUGAACCGCCCUUUAACUUCAUCGGCCGAAUCGUCAGUGAUGUUCUCAUGUGCACAGGGCCAGUUCCGAUGUACGGGAAAUGGGAUUGGUCGGUGCUUGAAAAGAUGAGAGACAAAACACUUUUCUUUGAAUCUGUUCUGACAAACUCAUCACGGAACAAAGCAAACCUGAAAGGGACAAUCAUUGAAGUUUCAGAGUCACCUCAUCAGAUAAUGCUUUCUCUCCUCCCCAACGUCAAAAAUCUGACUGAGCUAUCCAAUAUGGAUCUGUCGAUGGGAGACUUGCCACUACACAGUUGUCAAAGAGAUGCCGUUCUUCUCGGCGAGCAUAGCGCAUCCGAAGUUAAGUUGACCAAUCACCUUGACAAGCUUCACAGGGGUCUAAUCGACUCCAUGGAACAACAAAUCAAUGACAGAACGGCGGAGCUAGCUAUGGCAAAUGAAAGUUUGGAGGAAGCUAACAAGCAAAUCCAGAAACAGUCGGCAAGACAACUCGAACACUUUGCUUGCAUGUCGCACGAAAUUCGAACACCACUCAACUGUAUUGUUGGGAUGUCUUCCAUUCUUCUAGAGGAAACCCAUGCGAAAGUUGAUCCUCCGCAUGCCGAAUCUAUUCAAAUGAUAUACACCAGUGCAGAAUUGUUACGGGCAGUUGUCGACGAUGUCCUUGAUUAUGCAAAGCUUGAGUCUGGUAGUUUCGAGGUGGACAUUGGUCGUAUUGAUCUGCAAGAGAGCCUCGCUGGGGUCGCGCAUUCGAUUUCGCAGAAGAUCCAAGAAAAGAAUAUUAGACUGCGGUGCCACUUUUCACCUGACUUGCCAAGACAUACUGAGACUGACUCACGAAGGUUGCAGCAGGUUCUUUUCAAUCUCUUGGGUAAUUCUGGCAAAUUCUCUAAGAGGAACAGUGUAAUCGAUCUCAGUGUGGAACUAAUAACUCGAAAUCACAAAGGGGGCGUCAAGCGGGAUUGCAGGGAUUCAGCCAUCGUUGAUCUAGAAACUUGUGAUCUACUUCGAUUCUCCGUGAAAGAUUAUGGAAAGGGGAUUGAAAAAAAGGACUUCGAGACGAUUUUCCAGCCCUUUUCGCAGGCAAGCAAGCACACAGCAACUGUUUACGGUGGAACAGGUCUCGGGUUGAGCAUCACUUCGCAGCUCGUGAAACGACUUGGUGGUAGAAUCUCUUUGGAUUCUGAAGCAGGGAAAUUUACGGAGUUUGUUGUAGAGUUACCGUUCGACGGUGUUUUUGUAGACAAGAAAGCAAUACAAGAGAACAUGAAAAAUGUGGUCAUUAUUCUUAUUCAACCAGCGGAGAUCUACGACUACUCGUUCACUUCAUAUCCACUAAUCGAUGAACCCAAUCCAUUUGGAGACCAAGUUAUGGAUUAUUUCGGCUCACGGGCGGUUUCCUUUGCAAACUUGGAACAACUUCUUGAGCAAUCAAACCAUUUGAAAACCGGAAAUCGAGAUUGUCACUUUGCUCUAUUGGUAAACGAAAAUUUGUACGACGAUCAGUUGCUAAAUCUGGUCAAAGGAAAUUUGGGAGACCAUGAUUGUACGACGAUGACGUUUGGACCAAAGUAUGAUGUUGAGAGCACAAAAGAUGCACAUGUGAAGUCAAUACGCGGGGUCUUUCCUUGUAUACUGCUAGAUUUCAUCUCACAGAAUGUGUCAAAAACGAAACAAAAUGGUCCGAGGCUCAUUAAUGACAACUCCCCAGCUGCUGCAGAGAUUCCCGUUCAAAGUGGCGACAAGAAGACCAACACUAUAGCUGGCACCAAAAAUAGCCGUCAAGGGAGCAGUAAUGCAUCGAAAAUACUCAAAGAGAAUACGAAUGAAAAUAGUGGAAGUCUGAAGGUGCUCUAUGCUGAAGACAACAAAAUUAACCAAAAGGUUCUGACGAGAGUUCUGAAUCGAGUUGGUGUCAUGGAUGUUACAAUUGUUGACGACGGUCUGAAGGCUGUCAAUAUAUCAGAAACUACUGCUUUUGACAUAAUUUUUAUGGAUAUGCAAAUGCCAGUGAUGGAUGGUAUCGAGGCCUGCAAUCUCAUCAUUGAAAGAGACAAAAAUGCAAAGGUAGUCUUCGUUACUGCACAUGCUUUGGAUGAAUUCAAGAACAAAGCCAAGGCAGCAGGGGGCGUAGGUUUCAUAUCCAAGCCAUUCCGAGUGGAAGAUAUCAAACAAAUACUGCGGCAGUUUAAUUUUGAGUAG